GAGCUCUCCCUCUACACAAAAUAUCAUCCCUCCACAAGUUAUUCAAAUUCAGGAGGUUUAUUCACAAUGUUCAUACUAAUUCAUCCAAAUCAGCAUAUGAGAUUUUUUCUUUAAUACACACUUUUUAUUUCAAUAUUAGGGUUUUUGUUUGUAAUGUUUUUUUCUUGAAUAUAUGUUCUUUAUUUUCUUGUUGCUGUCCUUGCACUAUCUUCGGGCUGCGCUUCAUUUCCUUCGGGCUACUGUCGUUGCACGUUUCUUCGGGGCGUUGUUCUUGAACUCUCUUCGGGCUGCUCUUCACUUUCUUCGGGAUGUUGUCCUUGCACGUUUCCUCGGCCUGCUGUCCUUGAACACUCUUCGGGCUGCUAUCCUUGCACGUUUCUCCGGGCUGCGGUCCUUGAACUCUCUUCGGGCUGCUGUCCUUGCAUCUGUGCUCUUCAUCUUCUUCUGUUUUGCUGGAAAUUGCACUUCUUGGAGCCCUGCAAACACACAUGAAUACGAAGAGGUUGGAGAACACAACGAGGCAGAAACAGUUCAAGCUCAGAAGAAGAGUAAAAACAGAGCAAAAGAGGUGUUGGAGGUGAAUCCAAUCACUAGUGUUACCAAGCAAGUGACAAAGGAUAUGCUGAUCAAACAUGUCAUUCCAUGUAUCCAAGAAAAAUGGCCAGCACAAUUAUCUAAAGACGUACACAUUCAGCAAGAUAAUGCAAGGCCACACAUUCAAGGACUGGACUCUGACUUUAUGGCAGCAGGUAACACAAAUGGAUUUCACAUCACUCUAAAUAAUCAACCCCCCAACUCACCAGAUUUAAAUGUCCUGGACCUUGGGUUUUUUAGAGCCAUCCAGUCUUUAAAAGAACAGUGUGCUCCAAUCAGUGUUCCAGAGUUAUUAGAGGCAGUUCAAAGAGCAUAUAAUGCCCUCAAUCCAGAAACCUUGAACAAGGUUUGGUUGACAUACCAGCAGGUGUUGACUAAGGUAAUGGAACAUGAAGGAAGUAACAAUUACAGAUUACCACAUAUGGGGAAAGAUAGACUUGCCAGAGAAGGAAAUCUUCCUAAGUCUUUGAGCAUAGACCUGGACCUUAUUCAGAAGACAGCAAGAUUUGUUGGACAACAGAAUGGAGGUAGAAAUGAAGGAAUGGUUGAGUUCAACACUGAAGAGGGAGAUGACUACCUAUCUUCAGACUUGAACUAAACACACACUUCUUUUUGGGUUUCAGUGUAUGUAAGUGGUUGCCACUGUGGGUUUUUGGAGAGUGGUUACCACAUUAUGUUUUGUGGCUUUAUGUGUUUGUAAAUGGUAGCCACAAAAAAUUUUUGGGUUUGGG